UGUGUGAGCGAAGUGCCCGCCAUGGGAGGGGACCCUUGCCCGCCAGAGCCCACGCAGCUGCGAAGCCCUGGGGACUGACUACCGCCACGCCUGCCCUGCCUGCUCCUGGGAAUCAAGGAUGGAUUUGUGCAGCAGGAGCUGGAGAUGGGUCGUCCCAGAAGCCGGGGGCAAGCAGGCCUCACCCCCGCAGCUGUCCCGAGUGAAUGGCUGGUCGAGGCCCCUGCACUCCUUCCAGGUGGUGGCCUGGGCCACAUUCCUCAUCUUGGCUGUUGCCAACUUUGGCAUCUUCAUUCCCUUCCUGCCACAUAACUGGAAGUACGUUGCCUAUGGUGUGACUGGUGGGCUCUUCUUUCUCCACUUCCUGGUCCACUUGAUUACAGUUUCCAUCGACCCAGCUGAAGCUAACGUCCGUCUCAAGAACUACUCUGAGCCUAUGCCAACCUUUGACCAGUCCAAACACACACAUGUGAUCCAGAACCAGUACUGCCACCUGUGUGAGCUCACCCUGAGCGAGAAAGCCAAACACUGUAGUGCCUGCAACAAGUGCAUCUCUGGCUUUGACCACCACUGCAAAUGGCUGAACAACUGUGUGGGCAGCAGGAAUUACUGGUACUUCUUCUGCUCUGUGGCCUCCGCCUUGGCCGGUGUGGUCUGCCUGACAGCCAUCCUGCUCUAUAUCUUCAUCCAGUUCUUCAUCAACCCAGCAGAGCUCCGCACGCACCCUUACUACAAAAUGGCCAAGAAGUUGAGCACAUUUGACUACAUGACACAGCGCCGCCACCAAAAGACUCCAGCAAGAGCUUUAUCAGAAAAGAAAGAGCUGUCCUUCCCAAUAGGAUCCCCACAGAAAGCAGAUGAUCAGAGUUCUUCUGCGCAUGGAGAGAAGCACAAGGAGCCGCAGCCACCGCCGAGGUAUCCAAGUCUGUGCUCCACCACUACCCUGUACUCAGAGAACUCCUUGCUGCUGAAGAUGCGGGACAUGGAGGAGAACCUGAGUUCAUCCGCAGAGAGAGUGAAGUCUAAGGAGCUCCUGCUGCCAGACCUGCACUCACGUCAGGCCUGCUCCACCACCACAGUCUCAGAGAACUCGUGGCUAAAGGAAGCGGAUGGUAACCCGACUGUGUUGGUACUCGGCAGACCUAGGCAGAAGGUGCUCCUGUCGGUGUCAGGGUCUACAAGCCUGAAUUCUGCCUCUAGCACCAUCCCGGAGAACUCCUUGCUGCCCAAGGUUUCAAAGGAAGAAUAAGGAGAAAUAAGGCAGCCCAUGAGAGGAGACAGUGCCAAAUUUGUGGACUCAGCUUCAGGAGCCCCCUGCCCGUCCCCAGAACCUUCCUCCUGCAAAAUCCCGGCCUGGGAGUCGAACCUGAAGAACCUCAUGCUCCUGCACCUGCUGCCCAACCACAGCCAGAACAUGCUGUCCUGGGAAGAUGCACCCCUGCACCGCCCUCUCCACCGCUGAGGAGCCAUGCCCGUCCCCAGAACCUUCCUCCUGCAAAAUCCCUGCCUGGGAGUCAAACCUGAAAAACCUCAUGCUCCUGCACCUGCUGCCCAACCACAGCCAGAACGUGCUGUCCUGGGAAGACGCACCCCCAGGGAGCCAGCAGGUCCAGGGCCCCGUGCCCACCGCCCUCUCCACCACCGAGGAGCCAGGGCAGGGGCAGGCCGUCCCGGGGCCGCAGCACUGUGGCACGGCCAACCUGAAGAACAGAUGCUGGAGGUGGCUCAGGCCGGGGCCUCUCUGUCCAGCCGGGGUGCUGAGGGCCUGCCACCCACUCAGGGCAAGAGUGGGCUCCCCUUGCGGCCCCCCUGCCAGGAAGCCCCUGAGUCCACAGCCUGCAUUCGGCCACCAUCACCGACCUGGGAUCACAAAGCCUGAGGGCUUGGCAGGGCCGCUGUGUGCAGAGGGCAGUGCAUCCUGGAGAGUCCCCAGGACCAUUCCACAAGGAAGGUCCCCUUGUGUCCCCUCCCCCCCACCAGACACCAGGGGGGCUGCGGCCUGGCUUCCUCCUGAGGGGAGCGCUGGGCAGUGUGGUGGGGAGUCUGGGAGGCAAGGACCCCAGCGCCUCCCGACCCAGGCCUCAGAAGACUUCCAAGAGCUCUGUGUUUGCUCAGCAUGGAAGUCCCCUCCCUCCACCCCACUCCCCGGCCCCUCCUGCUCUCAGCUUGGCUCCCUAAGUUCUUGGAGCCUCCAGACACACCCAUGUGCUGUCCAGGACUCAGGACCCACCACUGUGCUGCUCUCACUUGUGUCGAGCAGCAUUGAUAACAGGUUUGAACUUAAGCAGCUUUUAAGGAAAUUCUUCAGGAUUUCUCAGGAAGUUAUAUUACAGGACAUAAUAGAAAUUAAUUUUAUUGGCAAUAAACUUUAAACCAAUCUUGGUUAAUUUUA